UAUAGUACCAAUAUAACAGGGUCCUUCUUCGGUUAACUUGGAAACCAUUCACCGAUGUUUGUUUUGGAGUCAUCAGUAGUAAACGUGUCAGCUAAGGUCUGUGGUUAAAAGGCGGUUCGGUGGUUUGAUUUCCGACUCUUCCUCACGAUGCAGUAUGCCUGCUGAGAGCAAGCCCUCAGUAAACAUGGAUGAAAAAGACGUCAACUCCUUCACCAACAAAGAAAAAGAGAAGGACAAAGAGGCUGAAUGGAGGGCGGCAUCUGGUAGAGACAAGGCUAAAGAAGAGGCGAAAGCCAGCGGUAAAAAGGAUGCAGGCAAGGAGGAGAAGAAAAAGCGCUUAGAGGAGGAAAAGAAGAAGAAAGAGGAAAAGGAGCGAAGGAAGAAAGAGGAGGAAAAGCAGAAAGCGGAGGAGGAUCAGAAGAAGAAAGAGGAGGAGGAGAAGAAGCAACAGGAGGAGCUGCAGAAGAAGCUCGAAGAAGAUGAGGCCAAACGGCAGCGUGAGGAAGAGGCAGCUCUGCUCAAGGAAAAGGAGGAGGGCCACCAGCUGCACCAGGAGGCCUGGGAACGGCAUCAGGGCCGGAAGGAGCUCCGCAGCCGGAACCAGAACGCCCAGGAGGCCCGACCCGAGGAGGCCUUCUUCAGCCGCCUGGACUCCAGCCUGAAGAAGAACACAGCCUUCGUCAAGAAGCUGCGCACGCUGACGGAGCAGCAGCGCGACACGCUCUCCAACGACUUCGCCUCGCUCAACCUCAGCAAGUACAUCGGUGAGGCGGUGAGCUCGCUCGUGGAGGCCAAGCUGAAGAUCUCCGACGUGGGCUGCGCCGUGCACCUGUGCUCCCUGUUCCACCAGCGCUAUGCUGAGUUCGCGCCACUGCUGCUACAGGCCUGGAAGAAGCACUUUGAGGCCAGGAAGGAGGACAAGGCGCCCAAUGUGAGCAAGCUCCGCACCGACCUGCGCUUCAUCGCCGAGCUCACCAUCGUCGGCCUGUUCACCGACAAGGAGGGGCUGUCGCUGAUCUACGAGCAGCUGAAGAACAUCAUCGGGACGGACCGCGAGACGCACACUCACGUGUCGGUGGUGAUCAGCUUCUGCAAGCACUGCGGCGACGACAUCGCCGGUCUGGUGCCGCGCAGGGUGAAGCUGGCGGCGGAGAAGUUCGGCUUGGCGUUCCCGCCGAGCGAGAUCAUCAGCACCGAGAAGCAGCAGCCGUUCCAGAACCUGCUGAGGGAAUACUUCACCUCGCUGACCAAACACCUGAAGAAGGACCACCGGGAGCUGCAGAACAUCGAGAGGCAGAACCGGCGGAUCUUGCACUCCAAAGGGGAGCUGAGCGAAGAUCGCCACAAGCAGUACGAGGAGUUCGCCACGUCUUACCAGAAGCUGCUGGCCAACACGCAGACGCUGGCUGACCUGCUGGACGAAAACAUGCCAGAGCUGCCGCAGGACAAGACGGUGCAGGAAGAGCACGGCCCCGGCAUCGACAUCUUCACCCCCGGAAAACCCGGAGAGUACGAACUGGAGGGCGGCAUCUGGGAAGACGAAGACGCGCGAAACUUCUACGAAAACCUGAUCGACCUGAAGGCUUUUGUUCCCGCCAUCUUGUUCAAGGACAACGAGAAGAGCGGCCUGAGCAAAGACAAGGACGACGCCAAAGAUGGCAGAGAAGGGAAGGACGUGAGCACCACAGAAGAGCUGGAGCUGGAGCUGGAGGCGCUGGACAUCGCAGACGAGCCUCUGGAGCUGGAGGGAGGAGACGAGGUGGAGAACGAGGAGCUGGCCAAGAAGCUGCUGGAUGAGCAAGAGCAAGAAGACGAGGAGGCCAACACCGGGUCGCACCUGAAGUUGAUCGUGGACGCCUUCAUUCAGCAGCUUCCUAACUGUGUCAACAGAGACCUGAUAGACAAGGCCGCCAUGGACUUCUGCAUGAACAUGAACACCAAAUCCAACCGGAGGAAACUGGUCCGGGCCUUGUUCACCGUCCCCAGGCAGAGGUUGGAUCUUCUGCCUUUCUACUCUCGCCUGGUGGCGACGCUGCAUCCCUGCAUGUCAGACGUAGCCGAGGAUCUUUGCUCCAUGCUGAAGGGAGACUUCAGGUUCCAUAUCCGUAAGAAGGACCAGAUCAACAUCGAGACCAAAAACAAAACGGUGCGAUUCAUCGGAGAACUUUCCAAGUUCAAGAUGUUCUCAAAGACCGACACGCUUCACUGCCUGAAGAUGCUGCUGUCUGAUUUCACCCACCACCACAUCGAGAUGGCCUGCACGCUGCUGGAGACCUGCGGCCGCUUCCUGUUCCGCUCGCCCGACUCUCACCUGCGGACCAGCGUCCUGCUGGAACAAAUGAUGCGUAAAAAGCAGGCGCAGCACCUGGACGCGCGCUACGUCACCAUGGUGGAGAACGCCUACUACUACUGCAACCCGCCGCCCAUCGAGAAGGCCGUGAAGAAGAAGCGGCCGCCGCUGCAGGAGUACAUCAGGAAGCUGCUAUACAAGGACCUGUCCAAGGUCACCACGGAGAAGGUGCUGCGGCAGAUGCGCAAGCUGCCGUGGCAGGAGCCCGAGGCGAAGGGCUACCUGAUCUGCUGCAUGAUCAACAUCUGGAACAUCAAGUACAACAGCAUCCACUGCGUGGCCAACCUGCUGGCCGGCCUGGUGGCGUACCAGGAGGACGUGGGCAUUCACGUGGUGGACGGCGUCCUGGAGGACAUCCGGCUCGGCAUGGAGGUCAACCAGCCCAAGUUCAACCAGCGGCGGAUCAGCAGCGCCAAGUUCCUGGGUGAGCUCUACAACUACCGCAUGGUGGAGUCGGCCGUUGUCUUCCGGACGCUCUUCUCCUUCAUCUCCUUCGGGGUGAACCCGGACGGCAGCCCCAGCCCGCUGGACCCGCCCGAGCACCUGUUCCGCAUCCGGCUCGUCUGCACGCUGCUCGACACCUGCGGCCAGUACUUCGACCGCGGCUCCAGCAAGAAGAAGCUCGACUGUUUCCUCAUCUACUUCCAGCGGUACAUUUGGUGGAAGAAGAGCGUGGAUGUUUGGACAAAGGACCACCCGUUCCCCAUCGACAUCGACUACAUGAUCAGCGACACGCUGGAGCUGCUGCGGCCCAAGAUGCGGCUCAGCUGCUCGCUGGACGACGCCACCAGGCAGGUGGCCGACCUGGAGAGGGAAGUUCUCGUCAAACUGGGCAUGGCCAUGGAGAAGGACGGCCGCUCCAGCGCCAUGAGUGAAGGCGAGCCGCUCGAUGAGGAAGACGAGGAUGAGGAUGAAGAGGGAGCCGCUGACACCGAGGAGCAGUCGGGCAACGAGAGCGAGAUGAACGAACAGGAAGAGGAUGAAGGAUCUGAGAACGAGGAAGAGGAGCGUGAGGAAGAGGAGGAGGAGAACACAGAUUACCUGACCGACUCCAACAAGGAGAACGAGACGGACGAGGAGAACAAUGAAGUGACGAUUCGCGGCGGAGGACUGAAGCACGUCGCCUGCGCUGAGGACGAAGACUUCAUCCAGGCUCUGGAUAAGAUGAUGCUGGAGAACCUGCAGCAGCGCAGCGGCGAGGCGGUGAAGGUGCACCAGCUGGACGUGGCCAUCCCGCUGCAGCUGAAGAGCCAGCUGAAGAAGGGCGGCUCGGGCCAGCAGUGCAUGGGAGAGGGAGACUCGGACAUCUCUGACACCAUGCAGUUCGUCAUGCUCACCCGCAAAGGAAACAAGCAGCAGUAUAAGAUCCUGAACGUCCCCUUGUCGUCUCACCUGGCGGCGAACCACUUCAACCAGCAGCAGGCGGAGCAGGAGGAGAGGAUGAGGAUGAAGAAACUCACCCUGGACAUCAACGAGAGGCAGGAGCAGGAAGACUACCAGGAGAUGAUGCAAUCGUUUGCCCAGCGUCCGGCUCCGGCCAACACCAACCGGGAGCGCCGGCCGCGCUACCAGCACCCAAAAGGCGCUCCCAACGCCGACCUCAUCUUCAAAACCGGAGGAAGGAGACGCUGAUGGGAGACGGCGCCGGGCCGAGCGAGCACCAGAGAGAGAGAGAGAGGGAGGGGAAAGCGAAUCCCCCAGACGCCGGGUCGGACCGGACCCCCCCGGACCUGAACACACACUGUUAGCAAACCCAGGGAGGAGAGGUCAAAGGUCAGGGCUCAGAAAGGUGUCUCUCGUCCUUUUUUGCCUGUUGUCUGAAGAAAAACCCGGCAGCGGUCGGGUUUGGAGGACGGACCGGACGCGGCGGCGGAGCGUCGGUGUCACCGGGUUGAAGAAAAAUAAACCGAUUUAAGGAGAACACGUCUGCAUCUUCUUCUUCUUCUACUGUUUCCUGUGUGCACGGAUCCUGACCGUCUGACUGAUCGCCAACGCAGGAACCUUUGAAUUUCCCGGCAAAACGAAGAUUUUCAUUUGAAUCAUGAAGCAGAAAGGAUUAAAAAAUAAAAAUCACCUUCCAGAGGGUUUUAAUCUGCUGAUUAUUUCAGAAAAUCGCUUCAGACUUCAUCUGCAGCCAUUUUUAAUUCCUGUUUCUCCCAUGAUUUAUUUCAGUUUA